AAUAAAAGGACAUUGGUGAGCAAGAAGUACGAUUGCGGAGCGGAGGGAAGCAGUAGAAGAAAAUGGAAAGCUCGGCGAUUCUGAGAGAGUGGUUCGAUCGGGUCGACUCGGAGAAAAUCGGCAGUAUCACUGCUAUUCAACUCAAGAGUGCUUUUGCAAUUGGAAAUUUAGAAUUUCCUAUCUCUGUUGUCCAGCAAAUGAUCAGGAUGUAUGAUUUUGACAAGAAUGGAACUAUGAGUUUUGAAGAGUUUGUUGAACUUAACAAGUUUCUGCUGAAGGUGCAACAUGUGUUCUCAGACUUGGAGAGGGGUCGUGGAUUCCUUGUCCCAGAUGAUGUUUACGAGGCGUUGAUAAAAAUAGGAUUCCACCUCGACUCUCCUGCAUUAUACACUGUGUGCGAGAGUUUUGAUAGGAACAAGAAUGGAAAAUUCAGGCUUGAUGACUUCAUAUCUCUUUGUAUCUUUGUACAGUCUGCACGGAACCUUUUUGAUUCAUUUGAUACAGGCAAGCAAGGCCGAGUGACUCUUGAUAUCAACCAAUUUAUCUACUGCACUGCUAAUUGUAGAAUCUAAGGCCGUCAUCUCACUAUCCAGUUUCCAGUUGCUGAGUAUGACCUUAGCCUCACUGCUAUUAGCAUUGGUGACUUGAAAGUAAGGUGCUUUGUGCGAUUUUCUGUAAAAUGCAAUGAUUUAAGAAGAGGCUAGAGCAACCGGUGUAUGGUUGGAGUACCAAGGAUUCUUUUUGUUCGUGCACAAGUUAUACCAGGAUUGUAAUGCAUGGAUUGAUAUACAAUGUACAUUUAAAACUUGUACCUUAGCGCAUAUUAAUUGCUUUAUCAAACUUGUUGGUUUUAUUGUUGUGUGAAUAAAAUAAUAUUUAGAAUCA